AACUGGCAGCUAUGCCGCGCAGCGCAGGAAUCGAGCUAAAUGUGUCUGUCAAGAGGAAUCGUUGUGCAGCGACCGUGCCGGAGGACCAAACCGGGGACAAGCGAGACUCGUAGAGAGGAAGCGACUGAGAGCCGUGGCGAAUGAUUAUUUUACACGGGAUCACCGGAGAUAGACGAAGAGAUAGGGGGGAUAGGACGAAGCCUUUUCCUCUUUCCCAGUGGGCACGGAAGAAAGAUAUACCCGGCGAUGUCCCUCCUAAACGUCUAGGAUCUACUCCGUGCCCGCUUGUUGUUUUUUCUGGUUGACUGUUAUCGAAAACAAACAGACAAAAAUCCAAAGGGCCACUAUGGUUUUAUUAGACCUCCAUUCUAGGAGAUGUUUGAGUAGCUUGUGCAUAGGGACGCUGUGCGUGCAGUUCCUGCUGUGGAUUUUAUGCGCGGUGAACGGAGAGGAGCAGCCGUUCAGCGUGGAGGCAUGGCUCCAGAGGUACGGCUACCUCCCCCCCGCAGACCCCCGCAUGUCCCUGCUGCGGUCCGCCCGGGCCAUGCAGUCCGCUAUCGCUGCCAUGCAGCGCCACUACGGCCUCAACGUGACGGGCACGCUGGGCCGCAGCACCGUAGACUGGAUGAAGAAGCCCAGAUGUGGAGUGCCGGACCAGUUAGGGGGCGCCUCCAAAUUCAAUGUGAGGAAACGACGGUACGCCCUCACAGGGCAGAAGUGGCAACACAGACAUAUCACUUACAGCAUAAAGAACGUGACGCCCAAGGUGGGCCGCGAGUUGACGCACGACGCCAUACGGCGGGCGUUCGACGUGUGGCAGAACGUGACGCCGCUGCGCUUCGAGGCCGUGCCCUACAGUGAGCUGGAGCGCACCAAGAAGGACGUGGACAUCACCAUCAUCUUCGCCUCGGGUUUCCACGGCGACAGCUCGCCCUUCGACGGCGAGGGCGGCUUCCUGGCCCACGCCUACUUCCCGGGCCCCGGCAUCGGCGGGGACACGCACUUUGACUCGGACGAGCCGUGGACGCUGGGGAACCCCAACCACGAUGGCAACGACCUGUUCCUGGUGGCGGUCCAUGAACUGGGCCACGCUCUCGGCCUGGAACAUUCCAACGACCCCACAGCCAUCAUGGCUCCCUUCUACCAGUACAUGGACACAGACAACUUCAAACUGCCCCUGGAUGACCUGCUGGGGAUUCAGAGAAUCUACGGGCCGCCCGACAAGUUGCCUCAGCCCACCAAGCCUCUACCCACGGCGCCCCCUCCACGGUCCCUCCCCCCGGCGGACCCCCGCAAGCCGGACCGGCAGACACGUCCCCCCAGGUUGCCCCCGGGAGACCGGCCCACCCACCCCAACGGCAAGCCCGACAUCUGCGACGGGGGCUUCAACACCCUGGCCAUUCUGCGCAGGGAGAUGUUCGUCUUCAAGGACCACUGGCUGUGGAGGGUGAAGGACAACGCGGUGAUGCCCGGGUACCCAAUGCUCAUCAACGUCUUCUGGAGGGGUCUGCCCGCCAAGAUAGACGCCGUCUACGAGAACAGCGAGGGCCGCUUCGUUUUCUUCAAAGGGAAGCAGUUCUGGGUGUUUAAGGACACGGUGCUGCAGCCGGGCUACCCCCAGGACAUCUCUCUGUUCGGCCACGGCAUGCCGGCACAGAGCAUCGAGACGGCUGUCUGGUGGGAGGACGUGGCCAAGACGUACUUCUUCAAAGGCGACAGAUACUGGCGCUACAACGAAGACAUGCGGACCAUGGACCCCGGCUACCCAAAGACCAUCACGGUCUGGAAAGGAGUGCCGGAUUCACCGCAGGGGGCUUUUGUAGACAAAGCCAACGGCUUCACCUACUUCUACAAGGGCAAGGAGUACUGGAAGUUCAACAACCAGCGGUUGCGCGUGGAGCCGGGCUACCCCCGCUCCAUCCUCAAGGACUUCAUGGGCUGCGACGGCACGGCGUCGGACCCCGCGCGGCCGGGCGGCCCCGGGGGUCCGGGGGUCCCGCCCGACGACGGCACCUCGAACGUGGUGAUCGAGCUGGACAACACGACGGGCACGGUGCAGGCCAUGGCCGUCGUGGUGCCCUGCGUGCUGCUGCUGUGCCUGCUGGCGCUGGUGUACACGGUGGUGCAGUUCAAGAGGAAAGGCACGCCUCGCCACAUACUGUACUGCAAGCGCUCCAUGCAGGAGUGGGUCUGA